CUUCGUUCGGGCUCAACGGGAGCCUGUUGGAAGGUUAUCUUGUUUCCAACCGAGCAGAACUUGAAGAGAAAGGAGUCUCUUUCUCGCAGGGUACAACUGUCCCGAAGAUAACGAAGAAUUUGAUUGCGUGUAGACGUUUCGCAUGACAAAGCACCUUACAGCAGCAGAGCAGACUGGUUCUCUCUCGUCUCUCACCAAACAGAAAUUAUAAAAGAAGCGAAGCGCUGUCUUGCGGGCUAAUUAUCAACGCCGCGUUAGAUCGAAUGUAUAUCGAGCCAUUUGUCUCAACUUCUGUCCAUCGUGCGUAGCCCUCGAUAUAACCCAGAGGGAAACAUGACCUCGUUUGCCUUAACCGCCGGAGCACAUUAUGUUAAAAGCUUAAAUUUGUUUAUUGCAAAAUCUGGAGAAAGAAUGAAGAAUUUUGAGAUCUUACGACAUCAUAUACCACCACUGAUUCAGACUGCGAGUCUUUCUUGGGGUCAACGACGCUCGAGGUUUAACAUCUUAAGUGUUGGAAGUGGAACGGGAGAGAUGGAUAUGGAAAUCAUGAAAAUUAUUGAGAAAGAAUUGCAGAAAAGUGAUCAAGGUCGCCACAUGAAGAUUUUUAACCGAGCUGUCGAGCCGAAUGGAUAUUCCUGUGGUCUUUACAAAGCUAUCAUUGAAAACUUGCCAAGCCCGCUGAACGAUGAACUGGCAGAGUUCGAAAUUUGCCAGCAGAAAUUUCAAGAGUACAAAGAAAGACAGCAGCGUCAGGAGACCGGCUCAGUGAAGUUUGACAUGGUACAUUUGAUCCACAGUAUCUAUUAUGUUGAUAUCGAACAGACCUUGAUUCAUUGCUUUGAGAAAGAACUCAGCGAGCAGGGAGUGUUCGUUUGUGUCAUAGGUUGUCGAAAUCUAAGGUACUGGGUUUCUCUGAAGCAAAGCAAGCGAUGGCACGGAAAAGACUCGGAUAGCGACAACUACGAAACACAGGAGAAGAUUAUCAAGAUUGCAAACGAGAGAGGCUGGAAGCAUGAAAUAUACAGCCAGGANAUAUGA